AUGUCAGGCUUCCUCAAGACAGCAGCAGUCGUGCUGGCCGCGACCGCUGUCUCUAAGGUCUCAGCUCAGACUUUCUCCGAUUGCAAUCCAUUGUUCAACACGUCUUGUACACCAAACACGGCCCUCGGCACAUGGCACGACUGGAACUUUACAGACUCUACCAUCGCAGACAAACAUGUCUGGAACACGAGCAGUGGUCGCCAGCCCGACUACACUGAUGUCGGCACUCAAUUCACGAUUGGCGGCAAAGGCGAUGCCCCGACACUCGAAUCCAACUUCUACAUCUUCUUCGGCCAGGUCUCGGUCAUCAUGAAAGCCGCGCCAGGCGUCGGUGUCGUAUCCUCAGUCGUCCUCGAAUCCGACGACCUCGACGAAAUCGACUGGGAGUGGCUGGGUGGAAACAACACAAGCGUCGAGACAAACUACUUUGGCAAGGGCAACACAACCUCAUACGAUCGCGCCAUCUACUACGAUGUCGACGAUGUGACUGGCACAACUCACAACUACACCCUUGACUGGACGAAAGAGCGAGUGCAAUGGAUCGUCGACGACAAAGUGCUGCGCACCCUGAAAUACGGAGAUGCUCUCGACGGCGAAAACUACCCUCAAACCCCCAUGAAACUCAAGGUUGGUAUCUGGGCCGGAGGCGACCCAGAGUCCAACUCUAACGGAACAGUCGAAUGGGCAGGCGGCGUCAUCGACUAUCACCAAACACCUUUUACCAUGACCAUGGAGCGCGUCUAUGUAGCCGAUUACAGCUCUGGCAGCACCUACACCUACGGCGACCACACUGGCUCUUGGGAAUCCAUCAAGAUUGCCGAGGGCAACAGCACCAUUGCCACUCGCCUUGCUAGACCUCAUGGCGCUGAAGCACACUACAAAGCCCUCCCCAAAUGGGCACAAGCUGCGAUUGCCGCUGGUUCGCUUGCCGUGUUGGCUAUUGCUUUGGUCGCCUUCAUCUUCUGCUGCAUCAAGUCGAGACGCGCUGGUCGUCGUGAGCGUGCAGCCGCUGAUGCCCUAUGGGAGAAGGAUAUGCAAGAAUUGGCUGAGUACAAGCGUAACUCACCUCACGGUCCCAAUGCUGGCAAGGAGCGUUUCUAG